GCCAAAUCCCUCCACACACAGUCUUAGGUUUAUCUCUACAAUUAAGAAAAUGUCUUUGGUCAGAUUAUCUUCUAAGGGUACGUGCUCCAUCAACGCGGCUCCCUUGCCGUUAUGUCCCAUCACGAGCGAUUACUAACCGAUGUCUCCGUAGCUAUCCGUCCAGCUUUCCGUGUCGCGCCAAUCGGUGUCAGAUACUUGUCUGCUCCAACCCCAGAACAAAAGGCCACCUCCAUCAUUGAUGCCUUGCCAGGUAACUCCAUCGUCACCAAGACUGGUGCUUUGUUGACUGGUACUGCCGCCGCUGUGUACGGUAUCUCCAAUGAAUUCUUGUUGAUGAACGACGAAGUUAUCUUGGUCGGUACUUUCGUUGCCUUUGGUAGCAUUAUCGCUAAGAUUAUGGCCCCAGCCUAUAAGGAAUGGGCUGAUGGCCAAGUCAAGCAUGUCUCUGACGUUUUGAACGCCUCCAGAGCCAAGCAUGUCUCCUCUGUCACCGAGAGAAUCUCCUCUGUUUCCCAGUUGAGCGACGUUGUCUCCACCACCAAGCAGUUGUUCGCUAUCUCCAAGGAAACUGUCGAAUUGGAAGCCAAGGCUUUCGAGUUGAAGCAAAAAGUUACUUUUGCCGCUGAAGCCAAGUCUGUUUUGGACUCUUGGGUCAGAUACGAAGCCUCUGUCAGACAGUUGGAACAGGAACAGUUGGCCAAGACCAUUAUUGAAAAGGUCAACAAGGAAGUUACCAACCCUAAGUUCCAAGAAAGGGUUUUGGCCGAGUCUGUUGCCGAAAUCGAGAAGUUGUUCGCCGCUGCUAAAUAAUUCUGAUCAUAGAAGGCUUUGUCUCAUAUUCGAUUUUCUCCACAAGUUGACAGGCUUAUACCUGUCUUAAAAUAUAUUCUCCAUUAGUAUGUCUUAGUGUAAACCUCUGUUUUCGGAGAUAUUUGAGCGGAAUACAGCC